AUGUCCAGACAAAUUCUGUUUGAGUCUUUCAGUAAUGAUUCAUAUGACCAAGAUGAUUGCCUAUAUGUAUGCUAUGAUGUGUUUCACGUCUUUGAGUUGGCAGUCAGUAUUUGCGCGUUUGGAACUGUGUCUGUUAUUGGGGUCGUUGGCAAUGUUGUCAACAUGAUCAUCUUUGUGCGACAGCUUCUGAAGGACAGUAUGACGGUUGGUUUGUUCGCUCUAAGCUUCACAGACUUCUCGGUAUCACUCGCCGAGAUGACCAUGUCUAUUAUCUACCUGGCCAACUACAUAUUCCCUUACAGUCCGGUGGAUCUUUGGGCUCUGGCGUACGUCGGCUUUGGCUGGACGCUCUACACCGGCUACCUGAUUUCAGGCUGGAUAACCGCUAUGAUAGCGUUGGAGAGAUGCUUCUGCGUUGUCGCCCCUUUCAGGGUGAAACAGUUGUUCACCAGGCGUCGCUGUGUUAUAGUUGUAAUCAUGAUAUACACCGUUCACCUCUUGCCUUUAUUGCCCUUGUAUAUAGCAGAGAGAAUGCAAUGGGUUGCUAUAGAAGACCCAAACGCAUUCUUUAACAGCACUCUUUCUAUUAAGCUAUACUACACGAUCACUCUAACGGACUUCGCUGACGAGGUAGAAAAAGCUUUGGACGCCACCGCAGGGCUGUUCCUUUUCCUAGCUUCCCAGGCGGUGCUGACCGUAUGCUCUCUGUGGAUGACAUACUCGUUAAAGGCGACCUCCCUUGUGCGCAGCCACAAAUCCGCCUUUACGGAGAAACUUGCUAGUUCCGAGAAGUUGAGCUCAAAUCUUACGCCUCAAGAGAAGAGGCUGGUCAAAAUGGUGCUAUCUUUAGCAGUGCUGCAGACAGUGUGCAACCUGCCCAGGCUUAUCCUAACCGUCUUCUACAAUGUGUGGACGGAUAGCAGUGUCAAGGGAGAUAAAAACUUGAGUACUAUGAUUUGGUCGAUAGCCUCCCUUUUCAACCAGGUUUGUUGCACCAGCAAUACCUUCUGUUACUAUUUUCUCAGCUCGAAACACAGAAACAUGUUUAAAAAACUAUUUGGAUUAAAGAGUUAA